GCUGCUGAAACCACUCAAAGUGAUAAGAGUGUCUCAUCAGGGGAAGCAAGCAAGGGAAGCAUUCAUUUUCCGCCUAAUGAAACAAAACUAGAUUCUCAACUAGAAAACAAAGACCUAAAUACCAAAGAAAAAAGCCAUCCUGGUAUGGAUGAAGAUGAUGUAGAAGGAGAUUCUUUUUUUGAUGAUCCUAUACCUAAACCAGAAAGAACUUAUGGCUGGAAAACUGAAGCUAAUAAAGCAGGAGGCCUAGCAUCCCUUUCUGAUGCACCACAUAUAAAAAGUGGGUUAAGCUCCCUGACUGGUGCACCUUCACUAAAGGAGCCUGAUAGUUUGAAUAGAAACUCUGUGUUGAAAGACUUGCGGUUGGUGAAUGCAAAACUGGGAUCACUAGAGUUAGGAAAUGGAGAUGACGAUGAGUAUGCUGAUGACUUCAACAGUACUAGUCAUCGCUCAGAAAAAAGUGAUAUCAGUAUUGGUGAAGAAAUAGAUGACAUUUCUGUGGAAACAGAAGACUCAAAUGCCAGUGAUAAACUUGAAGGCGUCACGCAAGACCUUACCAUUUCUCAGUUAAGUGAUGUUGCAGAUUAUUUAGAAGACGUGGCAUAGAAUUGGACAGCUAAAAUGUUUUGCUCUGCUGAACUAGAAGACUGCUGUGGACUGUUAAUUUCAGACAAUCACUUUUUGCUGGAAUGUCCACUCCCUAUUUGUGCCUUGUGUUUCAAAAAGACUGUAGGAGGAGAAGGCUUUUAAAUAUUCUUGAGAAGAACUAAAUGAAAUGGUGCGUUCCCACUUGAGUCUGAUAGCGGAAUUAUUUUCUUCAUUUGGUUCAGCCAAACCUUUUACAUCAGAAGGUGGAUUUUCCAAGCAGAAUGUCCAUUGCUGGCAGUGGGCAUAAUAAAAACCAGUUGGUAAGAGAACAUCUACAGAGAGGUAUGUGGCUUUAUGAUGAACUUGCACUGUUACUGUAACAGUCUGAGUUUUUUAAAGAUAACCAAAGCAAGAACCUUCAGAGAUAGUGGUUCAACUCACACUUCUUUUAACA